GCAAUUGUCGUGACAGUAAAUGUACAUUACUAUUGCGCUGCUACCCUAUACUACGGAUUACUAUUACAUCACUACCUCGUUACCAACUAGUACUACUGAGUACUGCCCCGUUACCAUACUAGCCAAUUUCUUCAAUCCCCCACACUCUGUAAUAACUGUUUUCUACAGGAUAACCCUUCUUAAGACGUCUAGAACAUACAACACGUCGGCAAACCCAUCCUCCCACAACCACGCCACUACUCCCCAGUACUAUGGAGUACCACCAAGGAAUAUAACUCCACACUGUAAGGAAAACGAUAACUCUAUAGUACUACCCAGUAUUAUCAAAAACACUAUGGAUAAUGUUAGCUGCACUACCAUAGUACUAGUACUACUAUGGCUAUCUCUAUGCUGCCAGGCACUGGGUUCAUUGGUGGCCUUGGUAGACGAAUUCAGCACUACUACAGUGCUAUUCACUACUACUCCACUGUCCACUUUGCUGCUCGGAGUAUGUCUAUGGCAGUGCAAGAAGGCUGGGUACCUACUAUCCCCGAUGACCUGGUACCAUUGGGCAUUACUGGUACUGCUGAUGCUACUACAGGUAAUGGCAGUGGUAUUGGCCGUGCUAAAGCUACUGCAACCGAUGGAAGAUCUGGAUGAAGACACCUAUUCACCUGAAUGGAUAUAUCCCAUUUACGGUGUUGCAGUACUACUUGUGUUUAUACUCGGUGGUACUCUAUACUGCGGCUGGAAAUGCAACCUAUUUUGUAGACCAUGUUGUAAGAGCCAGUACGUUUGUUAUGGUAGUGCAAUAGUAGUAGUACUAGUGCUUCUCGUAGUGCUGGGUGUAACAGCUUCAAUGGUGAAGUAUCAACCCAACUACGAUCUGUUUUCCGGCUUAGAAUGGGUUAAUGAGAUUCUGACAAUUCGUUACCUUGAUAAAAUAGUAGUACCGUGUACGCAGUGCUAUACCACGGCAGUGCUCUGGAUUACUAUUCUCAAGCUACCAUAUACAGUACCGGAAGUGAUAACCCUAAUGGCAUCAGCACUGGCAGUGGCCUCUAUAUUGGCAGUGGCAACACCCAUUACUAUGGAAUACGAUUUACUACUAUCCACUGCGUUGGCAGACAGCCCAGUACUACGCAUUACUACAGCAUCUUUCCUUCUGGCAUUGCACGUAGUGGCCCUAGGAAUUACCUUGUAUUGCCUAGAGUAUAAAGGGGUAUUCCACUGGCCCAAGGAUUACAUGUGCUUCGGGGUACUGGCAGCAGUGGUAAUUCUGGUAGCACUGGUGGCUGUGGUGAUAGUGAUGGUGAUACAUAUUGCAAAGACUCACGAUCUCAUCGCUGAACUUAAAGGUGUAGAAUUCGCCUUGCUGGCCUACUCACUACUACUGAUGGUACCGGUAUUCUGGUAUGCAUAUCGAUGUGGUCUACUUACAUGGAGAUGGAAUUCAUGUCUCUCCAAGCAGAAGAGUCUCAAGGCUACUGACACCGCUGAGAACACGGUACCAGACACGGAUGUCGCAAAGGAAUCAUAGUGGUGAGAAUGACUACAGUGCUACCCUG